GGCGCGCGCGGACCGGUGGCGGCCGAUUGUGGCGGAGCGAUGUGGAGCGGGCACGGGAACUUGGACGGCGGGUUCGGCACCGUGGGCGGCGCGGGGCCCCCGGGCGGAUACCUGCAGUCCCCGGGGGGGUUCGGGUCGCCCGCCGGCGCCCAGGCGGAGAAGAAGCAGCGGAGCCGCUCUCAGAACAUCGUGCCCUGCACGGUGUCGCAGCUGCUGGCGGCGGAGCAGGUCGACGAGGCGUUCCGGAUCUGCGACGUGGAGAUCUCGCAGGUCACCGUGGUGGGCAUCGUCCGGCACGCGGAGAAGGCGCCCACCAACAUCCUCUACAAAGUGGACGACAUGACGGCAGCGCCGAUGGACGUCAGGCAGUGGGUUGACACCGAUGAGGCAGGAGGUGAGAAUGUCGUGGUACCUCCAGGAACUUACGUCAAAGUAGCUGGGCACCUGCGUUCCUUCCAGAAUAAGAAGAGCUUGGUGGCAUUUAAGAUCAUGCCUCUGGAAAAUAUGAAUGAGUUCACCACACACAUACUAGAGAUCGUCAAUGCGGCGGAGUACGUGCGGCGCGGGCAGCCGGGCUGGGCCGCGCUGUCGCUGUCGCUGCUCGCCGCCGCCUCGGCCGCCGCCCAGGCCUGCAGCUGGUUCUGGCUGCGCUCCGACCCGCCCGCGCUGCGCCCCGCCGUGCCCGCCAAGCUACUCGCUGCCCUGCACCUCCUGCAACUCGGCUUUCUCUUCAGGUACGGCAGCCCCGCGCCGGCUUCCCGCGGCCCUCGGCUGAGCCGGCGUUCCUCCUUCAUCUACUUCCUGUGGAACCUCUUCCUCAUCUGUCCCCGAAUCCUGGCAGUCGCCCUCUUCGCCCUGCUCUGGCCCUACGGCGUGGCUGUCCACUUCCCACUCGUGUGGCUGGCCAUGUUCCUCUGGGUCAGCCUGCAGGGCACGGACUUCAUGGAGUCACCUGGCCCUGAGCAGCUUUACCGGGCCAUGGUGGCCGUGAUCCUCUACUUCAGCUGGUUCAACGUGGCCCAGGGGAGGACGCUGCACCGCAGCAUCAUCUACCACGGCUUCAUCCUGGUGGACAGCACACUGCUGGUCCUCUCCUGGCUCUGGGGCCGGGCCCCCUCUGAGGAGCACUGGUACCUCAUCCCAGUGGUCUCUGCUGCCCUGCCCUGCUACCUGCUGGGGCUGGGGCUGAGGGUCACCUACUACAAGUGGCUGCACCCCAACAUGCAGGUGCAGCAGGAGGGUGGCUCUGAUGAGGUGGAUGCCAAUGGAGGGACUGACGGGCCGGAGUUCCGCUCGUUCUCUGAGCCAGACCUCGUGAACAGGCGGAUGCAGUGCCUGGCCCAGAGCCAGUUCCCGCUCUCCCAGCUGGGACGGCAGCGCUUCCUGAAUGGGGCUGCUGCCCUCGAGUCUGCUGCCUGAGGGAGGGCAGCUCCUCCAAAGGGACGUGCAGGGGAGGUAUAUUUGUUAGCUGUGGUCCUGGUUCUGUUCCCCCAGGCUGUUGUUUUGGGCAGCUGGAGAGAGCUGGCAGGAACUAGGGAUGAUGUGGAAAUGCCCAAGGAGUUCCACGGCACAGAGCAUGGCUCCCAUGGCUGCACCCUCAAGGAAAGCCACGGUGUUUGUGGCAGGUCCAGCACACUGUGCCAUGUGGCAGGUCCAGCAUGUGUGCAGUGCUGUGUCAGCUUUCCUUGUUAUUUAUUAUUACCUUGUUCAAAAGAAAAAACCCCAAGAGCACUGGUUUGUUCUCUCUGUGCCUCUCCUGUGCCUGCUGCUGCCAUUGCUGCACAGGGAUGUGGGAGCUCAUUUCCUCCAAUGGUUGUGGCUAUCUGACCUUUGUUUCCAGAGUUUUCUUCCCUGGUGUGUUAGUUUUUGUGUUGAGGUCAAAGCUCAGCUGUUAUCGCCGUGUUUGGGGAGGGAUGGGAAGGAGGCCUGUGCUGACAGAGUGGCUGCAGGGUGGUUUGGUGCUUCUGGCUUAUUAUGGACACCUCGUGCUCCCUUGGCUCCAUUCCCACCCCCCCGGGCAGUGCUCCUCCUGCAAUUGCCAGGC